UUUGGGCAAUGCCUGUUGUGCCCCCUGCGCACCUGCCCAGUGUGACCCCGGGGCUGCCCCGCAAUGCGGUGCCUGCCGUGCUAGUGAUCGGCCUCCUUCUCUCCCUUGCAGGUGGAGGCGGCCAUGCAGCAGGAGGGGGAGAGGACCCGGGCUCGACCCCGCAAGCCCGACAUGGCCCUGUACGUACCCAAAGCACGCCGGGAGCGGGCAGCUGGCGCCGGCACUGCGCUGCCCGCGGGGCACCAGAGGGAGGAGGAGAGACCGUGCCGGCCACCGAAGGAGCUCUCCAGUGGCCGCAGCAAGAGGCAGAGCCCCAGUGCCCGUGAGCACCUGGCUGGAGACAGCCGGAGACCAGACGGGAAGGCGAGGAAGGGGCCGGCCCGUGGGGACGUGGCAUCAGGCAGCCGAGGAGCUCGUGGCCGGUGCCCUCCAGUUCCCAGGCAGCAGCAGGAGGACCCGUCCCUGUCUCGCUGCCCGCGGGAGCAGGCUGCUGCGGGGACAGGGGACAGUGGGGACAGGAGCCGUGGGACCCCCGGCUUCCAGGAGCCACGGGCUGGCAUUGCCCCGUCUCAUCCCGCAGAGAGUGCUCUGGCGGCCUGCUCGGCAGCGCCGGGCUCUUCCUCCGAGCCUGCGAAUGGCACGGCGGGCGGCGGAGCAGAGCGGGCAGGCGCGAGCAUCCCGCGUCAGGCGGAGCAGGGCCCGGGCUUUGCGGCACUGCCGGCAGGCAGGGAGGCGGGGAGCGUGCCGGAGGCUGCAGCAGGGAGUGAGGAGAAGGCGCGUGAGCUCACGGCGAGCGUGUGUCAUGUCACAGGGGACAGCGCCCCGGCUGCGAGCACGGGUAGCUCAUGUGAGUGCUCGGCAGGGAGUGUCCCAGAGCCAACAGAGGUGAACAGGGAAAGCCCCCCUGAGCUCGCCGAGAGGGAUGUGCGUAGCGCAUCCAAGCUUGCAAGGGAGAGCGUCCCGGCUCCAGCAGAGCAGAGCGUGUGUGGUGCACUUGAGUUUGUAGGGGAGUAUGCGGGGAGCGCGUCUGCAGUCUCAGGGAAGGACCUGGAUCUGAGGGGGGAGAGCGUGGGCAGCCUAUCCGAGCUGCUAGAGGAGAGCGUGGGGAGCGCGUCCGAGCUUGCGGGGGAGGGUGUCCCCAGUCAUGGAGCGCAGGGCCUAGAUUGCACUAGUGAACUCCCUGGGGACAACGCAGGGAGCACAUCUGAGCUUGCAGGAGAGAGCGUCCUGGCUCCAGCAGAGCAGAGCAUGUGUGGUGCACUUGAGCUCGUAGGGGAGCGCACAGGUGGCAUGUCUGCCAUCUCGGGACAAGACCUGGGCCUGAGUGAGGAGACCGUGGGCAGCCUGCCUGAGCGUCUAGAGGAGAGCGCAGGGAGUGCAUCUGAGCUUGCAGGGGAAGGCAUCCCCUGUCAGGGAAGGGAGCUCGCCAGGCUUGCAGCAGAGUUUGCAGGCUUGCAUGCAGGGAGCGUGGCGGAGCAUGUGGGGGGCCCGGCAGAGCUUGUAGGUGAGCGUGCAGGUCAGGUGCCCCCCUGUGCAGCUGGGCACGCUGCCGGUGUGCUGGGCCAGGCGGGUGGAGGCCCGGGUGAGCUUGGCGGGGAGGGAGCAGACACCACGUCUGUCUGGGCCGGCUCGGGCAUCGGGGUCUCUCUGGGGGGCGAGUUCGAGGCCAGCAGCGGGGCCAGCGGACGCGCCGAGGGGGUCUCUGGCUGUGCAGUGGCAGGCGCGGUCCAGGGGUCCCCUCACACAUGCAGCGAGCUCGCUCAGUCUCCGGCAGCGCCGUGCUGCCCCUCGGACAGCGCGGAGCCGCUCCUGGGGGGCAGCUCGGCUGUGGAGCAAGAUGCCAGCACGUCGAGUCGGCCAGGCUCGGACGGGGGGUCAGCGUCAUCCUGCCAGGAGGGAGACGGCCCCGGGGCCCCGAGCAAUGGCAGCGCCGCGGCUGAGAGCUGGGACGCCCUGUUCAACGACGACGGCGACUGCCUGGACCCGCGGCUGCUGGAGGAGCUGUCGGGCGGGGGCGAGCCCCGGCAUGGCGUGCAGGAGCCCCGCUUUGACUACUACAGCCCCCGGGCGGCCGGGCCGGACCUGAGCGACGCGGAGCUGCCCCACGUCAUCGAGAUCUACGACUUCCCGCAGGACUUCCGCACCGAGGACCUGCUGCGCGUCUUCUGCGCCUACCAGAAGAAGGGCUUCGACGUCAAGUGGGUGGACGACUCGCACGCCUUGGGGAUCUUCUCCAGCCCCAUCACAGCCCGCGACGCGCUGAGCAGCAAGCACCUGAUGGUGAAGACGCGGCCACUGUCCCAGGGCACCCGAGCUGCCCAGGCUAAGGCCAGGGCCUGUGCGGAGUUCCUGCAGCCGGUGAAGGAGCGUCCCGAGACGACGGCAGCCCUGGCCAGGCGGCUGGUGAUCGGCGCCCUCGGCGUGCGGAGCAGCCAGAGCCGAGCCCAGCGGGACGCUGAGCGCAAGCAACUGCAGGAGGCCCGAGAGAGGAAGCGCCUGGAGAACAAGCAGCGGGAGGACAUCUGGGAAGGCCGGCAGUGAGCCGGCUGCCGGGAAGAGGCUGCCCCACUGGUGCCAGCCGGAGGCUGGGUCCGGGGUUCGAAUGCUGCAGCAGCACUGUCAGCCCAGGGAGCAGGGGCAGGCGGUCCGGUCUAUCUGGGCUCAGAGGGAGCCUCUUGGUGCGGUCAGGGCUCCUGCCCCAGCCUGAUACCGCUGUGUGGGGCUGCAGGGUGGGCCCUGCCCACCAGGCCCUUCUCCAGCUCUCCCGCACCCCGGGAAGGCUGGAAGAGUUGUGGUGCGGGGUCUCGCGGCUGGGCUGGGGAGACCCUGAGCCAGGGACCCAUGGUGCCUGCCUGGCGCUGCCCAGCUCCAUCUCAGGGUCAUUGCCCCAGUGCUGCAGCUGGGGCCAAGCAAAGAGCUGGGGGCUGCGGGAGGCCAUUGCUGCCCCACGCCGAGCUGCUGGAGCCACAAGGGAGCACCGGCCUGGAGUCCCUGCAGAGCUGUGUGUGCAGAGUUGCUGUCCUUUAUUUUCCUAUUAAAUGCCAUUUAUUUUAUACUG